CAGAGCGCUCCUUCACUGUGGGAACAGAGGUAGAGCAACAGAUACCAGCGCUGUGCUCCAUAAGCUGCAGUCAUAAGCAUUACUGCUGAAAUACAGCUGAAGAUCAGUACUUUGCACAUCAUGUCAGUGUUCUGAUUAUCUGUAUGCUAGUAUUGGAGUUGUGAUAUAUGAUGAGAGCUGGCCGAGGAACAGUGUCAUGUCAUACUAUGCUGGGGCAUCUCUGUGGCACAGCAAGAAAUAGUGAGGACAGAGGAGUGGUGUGAGAUUGCACUGGAGGAUGUGGUCUGCCUCCCCUUGGCGCGACUCCAAGUACCUGCUUGCAGACCAGCUCCUCAACCUCUCCUGUGCACCACCACUGUGUGCUGCAAACCACUGGAUCAGCCAUCAGAUGCUGCCUGUACUUCAUCUCCUGCAGCAGGGAAGAGGCUCUGGUGUCAUGCUGCACAAACAAAAGGAAGGCUGAGGCAGAAGCCACCACUGCAGAUCUCAGGAUGUAGUAAUGCAAGUGCUUGCUUCAGCAGCAAAGCCAUUUAAAGAACUUUCUACUUCAGGUCACUGCCACUCUGCUGUAUCUCUGCGUCACAGUUUAUUGCAGUCUGAAGAGCCUCUGUUGCAGUAGCUUGGGUUAUUAAAAUGAUCCAGGUUAAAAAUUCCUCUUGCAAAGGCCUUGAGAGUUUGGUUUGCUUUGUUUUGACUGGAAUCAUUUCACUAUCAACUUUACUUUCUCCUUAGCACAACUGACAGAUUUGCAAAUAGCAAUGCAUUGCUAGAAGUCAGAAACUCCUCUUCUACUGGCUUUACUACUGAUCAAAACUGUGGAUCGCCUACGCAACAAGUACCUCCUUAGCCCACAAGGCUGAGGGGGCCAGUGUGUAUCACUCAGCAACAUCAUUCCAGAAACAGUAACUCAAUGCCAGUGCAAACAGCAUUCAGCCCUUUAGCUGUGGCUGAAAUGCAAUUUCUGACAGAAUCGUUUUAAGGAAGAGGCUUUAGGGAAGUCUUAACUCUGCAGCCUGGUCUACGUUUAAGAGUCUUGCAGGUCAGCAUCUUAAGCGAACCUUGGAAAAACUAUUGUGUGAUCAGUCAUCGCACUGAAACAGCAGCACCCAUUUGGUAAAGAGUGUGUACAGCAAUGCAGGGUAAACUCAGUUGCCUCUUAGAAAUAAAAAGAGUUGGUGCACAGGGAAGCUGCCCUACUCCCCCUAAACCUGAGAGCUUCAACGUGCAAGCUAGCGACACACAAGAGCAUGGCAGAGCUUCCCUCACGGGGACCCAGAGCAGGCCAGGCAUCAUCCAAACCCUCGUGCAGUCCAGUCUCCUCCCCUCCAGGCUUUUUUCAAAAUUAUUCCCAAAAUUAUUUUGAAGUAACCAGGUGUUGCUACCCAGGCGAGAGCAAAGGAACUGAGAAGUGGCAGAUGCCUCUUCCGGAGUCCCCCCUGUGGCACGGUUCCUGCAGCCCCAGCCCUGAGAACCACAGGCAGCUCCUCUGCCAGCCCCCGGCUCUGGCAGCCAACUGAAGAUGUGCUUUACUAUGGGACUGUAUGGUGGGGCUGAGAGAUGAUAACUUAAAGUUGCACAGUGGAGAUAACUGCAAAGUAUCUGCCUAGCACGAACACUCAAACUGAAAACCGGGCUUCGCUGAUGUCGCAGAAGGAAGGGUCUCAGCUGGAUGCACACACUGCAGCAUCUGAAUUGCAGCCAUCCGAGGGGAAUUUGCAAAAUACCAGAUGCUGCCUGCUGCCCAUGGCUUUCAGGGAUGUGAAUGCAAGAAGACAUAUUGGACUUCAGCAACUCUCAUCCUUAGCAUUAGCUGGAAGAACAUUAUUGGGGCCGAUGAAAUCAUGUAAAUUCAUUGUGGAUGAAAGCACCAACCAAAGCACAUUGAUUUGUUCUGCUCUUAGACUGAUUGAAAGUUUGGAUUUAACUAGUGCUGCUGGACAGCUUCUUAAUGAAACCAUUCAGGCACAAAACAAGGAGUUUAAGACUGGGAUGAGUACCCUGUUGUUUCUCGUUGGUGCAUGGAGCAAUGCUGUACUGGAGUGUCUCCAGCAGAACGUUCCUGUUUCAGCAAUAGUAUCUGUGAUGUCUGAGGGGUUGAACUCUUGCUGUGAGAGAGUCCAGUGUCUUCAAAUAUCAAUACAUGAUGUAAAUAAAGAGCUGUGUUCUAGCAGUGUUAGGCCAAACACUUUUAAAAGCGUAACUUGCCAAAUUGGACAUGACUGUCUUCUAAAUCCUCAGAUUUUUCUGUAUUUUCAGAAAGAGAUUUCUGCACCAGAAGUAAUUCCAAUGAAUUCUUGUUCACAUCAAGAAGAUGAUUGUAAUUUUAACAAGUGCCUGGCUUCAUCUUUGGGUGGCUUUGGUUCAAUAGCUUCUCUUGUCAAACCAGUGGGUGACAAAAGCACAUCUGUGAUUUCUGGAAGUGGUGUUAUUGCAUCCAGCUGUAACAAACAAAAGUUAACCCAUAGUAGAUACUUCAGCACUAUAGCAAAAAGCCGUUUUUCAAGUCAGCAAGAUAAUUUUCAGGGAUACCUUUCAGGACAACCAGCAGAUCCAUGUGAAUGUUAUGGUUUAGGACACCUGGCAAUGACUCUGAGCCAUGGAAAUCAGACGAGCAUGAAACUGCUACAAAGUAUUGUUGCCUAUCAACAAGAGAGAGCAGAAUGCAGUGGCUCCUCCCAGCUUAAUAUUGCAGAAAUUGUGACAUGCUGUUUACUGGGCCUGCCUGAAAGCUAUUCGUGUGUCUCCCCAGGCUUUGUGACAUUAGUAUCACCAGAACAAGCCACAGUUAUCAAAUAUUUUGAAGACAAACCCCUUCGGAUUCUGCUAAUGGAUGGUGACCUGACUGAACAAUAUCGUCACUUAGGUUUUAAUAGAUCAUGUAAUGUAAGGACCAUAUUGGAGCAUCCUAGCCUACAGGAAGGCAGAGCUGGAGACUUGUGGCUAAACAGUAUGUUAGAUAUUCUGAUAAGCUUUGAAGUAAACUUGGUUUUGGUCAAAGGAAAAGUGUGCGAAAACUUAAUGGAAAGAUGCAUAGCAAACACUAUAUUGGUGAUUGGUUCUGUGACUCGGGAUGUGUUGUGUGCCUUUGGGGAGGUCACCAGUGCCCAGCCAGUGACAUACCUCACCCAGCUGAAUACUUCUUGUGUGGGGAGUGGGGCCUAUGCAGAGCUGUGGAAGGCCUGUGAUGGGCGUGCAAUGGAUCUGGGUGAGCUUGUGCCCAUCAGGAUAAAAGUGCGAGGAAUUCCCCUGCUCACAGCUGUGCUUACCACUGCUGUAGCUUCAAAGAUGCAGCUCAUUGAAGACCAGUUCUGGACUUUAGUGUAUCGGCUCCAUCAUGCUUUAAAUGAUAAGAAGGUUUUUCUUGGUGGUGGUGCAGUGGAACUCUUGUGCCUUAGUCACGUUCAGAUGCUGGCAAACAAAAAUGCUGUGAAAGACUUUCACAAUCCUUGGCUGGCAGCACCUGCGACAGAGUAUAAAUCAGUUGUGCUCCAAGCAUUAGCAAGUGGCUGGAAGCAGUAUCUUUCGGUGGUUAUGUGUAACACUGCAAAAGCUGCAUCAGAACUGGAAGCAUGUACCUCAGUUGAUUAUCACCUCAAAAAAGCAGCUGACUGUGGCUCUCCAUCAGCAUACAUAUUGAAAGAGUUUAGAAGAGAUGAUCUGCUCGGGGGUGGCUUUGGUCCCUUCAUUGACCACAGAGAGGGUUUAAAGGUUUAUGAUAAUGUUACAGCCAAGACAGAGGCAUGGCGGAGAGCUCUAGACUUGGUGCUACUAGUGCUUCAAACAGAUGCCGAAAUUAUCACAGGUCCCAAAAGGAAACAGCUGUUGAACUCACAUGUGUCAAGUGAAUUUAUGUUUUUAUAGGACUUGCAGGCUUUAUUUAUAAGUCCGUGAGUCAGUGGAAGAAGUCCAGGUGCAACCUAAAUUUCUUCAUAGUUUAUAAAGCAAACACUUAGAUGUGAUUAAGAUUUUGGAGUGUAACAGCAGAAAUCAGAAUGUCAGACAGUCACAAGGUAGAUAUAAUUUCCCAUUUCUAGAAACAGGAGUUAAAUAACAAACAAAAAUCACUUGUGGGCUUACCUCUAGCCCCAGCCAUACAUUUCUGACUAAUGAUAUUGUCUGUAUAGAUAGAUAAUUCUAGUCCAAAUGACUUUUCUAGUCUUAUUUAGCAGAGCAGAUGUACAGUUCUUUUUUUCAUUAUAAUGAGCACUGGGCAGGUGCAUCCAUGUUGAGCCUAGGUGGAGAAGAGUUUGAUACUUUGGAUAUGCUUACGUUCUGAUCAUGCACUGUCUGUAAAAGGUUUUUGGACAUGUGUUCUGUAAAUGACUCGUUUAAUGUCUUUCAGUGUCUUCUAAAGAAGGAUAGGGAUUUCUUACGUAGUAUUGGCAUACUUGUGUUAAAUGAAAGUACAUAAUGUAAUUAAUUUUUAAUUAAUGUUUUGCUGCUAAUUUCUGCACAUUGCAAAUGUAAGAGUUAAACUUGCAAUAAUUUAUGAGUGUUACAUUUUAUGCUAAGCAAUUGUAUUAGUAUAUUCUACUUUUGCAUAUUUAUGUGGGCCACAUAUCUCCUAUUUUCAAAUGCAUACCCUUUGGAAUGUCUUUCAUUUUGACAUAAAUUCAGGUCGAAUCCUCACUUUUGGUAUUAUAGAAUGGAUGUAUCUCUACACAAAGUUUUCUUUUACAUCACGAGUUGGAUUUUUAGAUUAUUUCCUCUGGGCUCUUUCAGUUAUCCUUGCAGAGAGGAAAAUGUUGUUGUAUGUUUUAGCUGUUGGCUAUAAACUGAGAGUGAAUCUAUCACGAUGAUUGAGGCAAGGCAUUUUUACUGUGUUUCAGCACUGAAAAUGUGAAAGCAGAGCCGUGGAGAACUGGCACUUUGUUGCAAGAAAGAGGCAUCUUCCUUCUGCAAUGUGAAAUACAAUAGACACGUGUGGCUUCCUCAGCUUCAAAUCUCUCAAACCUCUUUGCAACACAGAAUGAGGUCCUGUGCGUGUCUGCCGUGGCUCUCAGCGCAGGGAAUGAUUUCAACAACUGCCAUGGACGAUUUUGGCUUUUCCCGGGCAGAGGCUCCUCCUAGGGCACACAAAGGUAGUUUGUGUAGAGUAUGAUGUGAUGGAAGAGCUAAGCUCUUACAUGUGGCAUACCUGGGAAAUUGGGAAAUGGCAGAGAUUUUAGAGAAGGGAUUGUCCCAGGGAGCAGGCAGUGUCUUGCUCCCUGCUGAAACCCUGUCGUAGUCAGGUGCCUUGUUUCUCCCUUGCAUCCCAGUAUCAUCGUUCCUGGCUCAUUCCUCCUUCCAUUUAGGGCUGAUGCCAUUUUACUUAAUGUUUAUAAGGCCAACUUUUUUAGGUCUCUCUGCUCCUUCAUGAUUUCCUGAAAUGUAGUAGAGGUCUUAAUCAUAGCAAUAAGGCCCUUGUCCCAAGCUGGGCUAGCCUAGAGGGCACACCCUGCUUGCACAUUCUGAUCCCAUAAGGAAUGAUAGCCUCAUGAUCAAUGGCUGUCAAGAGCCAUCUGAUAGUUUGUCUGCUACCGGGCAUGCUGAAAAAAAUGAGCUAGGAAAUGCAGGAGACAAUGGUACCCAGGUGGGCCAAGAAAUGACUGUGGGAGGAUGGAGGCUGAGGAGAUCAAGAUAGUUUUGGAGCAGGAAGGGCUGAAGGAGAAAACCUUAGCGCACUAGAGAGUUGGGAGAGUAGAGACAGUUUAUUUGUACUGACCUCCUUUGAUAUCCCAGGCCAGGGCUGCUGAAGAGGCUGGGAGGACACUUCUGUUUUUUAGGGGAGGGAGGUUGAGAGAGGUAUCUAAUCUAGAAGAAAAGUUAUGGAGUGACAAGAGUUGGGUUUUUUUAGCUGUGCUCACAAAGAUGAAGUGACUGGUAGACCUGAGUUAUCCCAUCAGUUGAAGGAGGACUGAUGUAGAAGGUGCAUCUCUGCCCUGAGGAGUGAGGUGUCCUGUCACGGGAGCCAGGAGUGGGCUACAAGAAGGCUAACAAUAUAGAUUGCAUGUGCUAGGUGAAUGAAAUAAACCUCUGACCUUUACAGAAGGGUGCCUAUGCUGAAUCUGAGUGUUUGUCACCCUCACUCUGUUGCUUUCUAUAUAUGUCUUUAUUUUCUAAUAAAAAUAGAGCUUUACUUGUGUAUAUUGUUUGGCAUAACUGCAGGUAUUAUAGAGGUAGGAAUGUGCUACAGAGGAAGAAACUGGUGAGGUGUGUUUUAGCUGUGCUGUUGAAGAAGUUGCUUUCCUAUCUGUAUUCCUCUAGAGUUUACGGAGCAAGUGGAAUUUUUUUAGAGGAUUCAACAUUUAAAAAAUCUGCCAGCUGUCCUGUGCCCCUCAUUCAGGGGAAAUAACAUGGUUGGCUUUUUUCCUUAGAAGCAUCACCUGUCAGCAUGUCCUGUUUUCAUGCUUUGGGGUUUGUGACUAGCGAGACUAGAUUGCCUUUUGCUAUAUUACUUUUGGAAACUGAUGCAAAUGCGCACAAAAGUAUUUUUCAGCAAUGUAAAAUGACACUAGCAGCUAUAAAUUACAUCUUUUAUAUAUCUUCUGUACUCUCCAAGCACUCCUAGGCCACCAUAAAAUGUCUCUGGGUGGAGUUAUUCAAUUAGGUAAUGCUACUACUAAGAAACAAGCUUACUCUGAUGUCUGUGUAUGGAAGCUGCCUAACCUUUUUAUUUCCUUUUGAACUUUUGAUUUGUUCUUGCCAGUGUUUGUUUUAGAACAAAUGUUCUCAGCGUGUGUCUUGCCCAGUGACGUUAAGAAGUUUCCUUGUCUAAGGCUUUCUGCAGUAGAUCAAAGUAACUGGGGAUCUUGCAGUAAGCCGACAUCAAGAACCGACCUUCUGAAACAAAAAGCAGAUCAGCUUCCUAGAACCAACUCAGGCAGGACAUCUAGAGGAGUUGCACCAACUCCACCAGGUUGAAGUCAAUGAUAGUUUAGUUAACUGCAACAGAGGAGGAAUUACAGCUAAAUUACUCCCAGGACCGCUGCUUUUCAUACACUAAGAUCAAUAGAUCAAAUUCAGACAUGAGGCCCACACAGAUGGUGCAAGUGACUAACUGAUGCCUCGAUUUUGCACAGCCUACACACUGAUGUCAUAAGAAAAGGCUAAUACCUCUGAGGGGUCUGUAGAGAAGUUUUCCCAAAUGCCAUCUGACGUAUGAAACUGAUGGAAUUUAUGGCUGCAAUUGAACAAGGCAGAGGUCAUAGUCGGCCACAUCAAUGUCAGAGCAAACUUCCUCUUCAGCAUUCGCUGGUGGUUCUUUGACCAGGUGUUCCAAGUAAUAUGCUACUGAGGGUC